AAAAAACAGACGAAAAAGGCGCCCUCAGCAGCCAGCCCUCGGUCCCUCCCUCCUUGCCUCGCUCGCUCUUCCCCGGCGACUUUCUUUGGGCGGGCGCGCGGGCUGCGGGGUGCUCAGGGACACGCCUUCCGCCGAGCAGAACAAAACAAGCCCCGCUCUCGGGAGGCUUGAGCCCGGCCAGCCUGAGGGAGAAAGAGCCAGAGCGUAGAGGGACAGCAGUCAGCAGCCGGACGCGCGCCAGCAUUCGCCAGGUAAGCAAGCGCCAGGCCCGGCCUUUUCCCUCCUUUUCCCGCCGUUCCACGGGCGGGGCACUUGGGCCGCCGCGGCUCUGCCUUGGAAGGGUUGGUGGCAAACGCCCUGCUGCUGCUGCUGCUGCUGUUCCGGCUGCAGCGCGCCUGAAGAAAGUUCCCUUGUGGCGGCAGGGGCGCCAUGUCUUGCCGCGCCUUUUCCCCUUGUGUCACAGAGCUAACUUUCGGGGUUCUGAGCCCCGUUGGUUUCCCCUCAGAAGCAGCCGUCUCCGCGACAGGAGUGUGCGUAAAAUGAACUAAUCAAACCCCUCAAGACGCACAAGCCCUGUUUGCGCCCUGAAAACGCGCGCGCGCGCGGGGGGGGGGGGGAGGUUACGCGAGAGUAAGCCACGCUGAAUCCCGUAGAGCUGACGAGCCCUAAACCAAACUGUGCCUCCUCGACUGUGAGACAUGAUUCGCAUCUUUUCUCCCCCUGCAGGGAAAUGGCAAUUAUUUGGGGUCAAUAUGCAAUUUUAAAAAGCAUUGCAACACACUCAGCCUUACUACCUGAUUCUUGGCUUUUCAGUUCAGAACCAGGUUUUGCCUUUGUGAAUGCAUCUUAAACGUUUGAAUGGGAUCUCCUUUUUUGGAGUUUGGGGGGGCAUACUGAAGAAAAUUCCGCUCUGACCCCUCCAGAGCCUUCAUUGUGAUAUGAUGUCCAAAAGGCGUGUGACUACAUUUCAUUCUUAGCUGAUGAGUGGUAUAUUUCUUCUAAAAAGUACAUGGUGGGUGUCCUGUAGACUGUCUAGACCAGUGCACGAAAUGCAGAGUUUGAGCAUCCCCAUCAGAUGGCUGUCCAGUCCCUGCCUGAGAAACUCCAGGAGAAAGAGCUCUUCUCUGUUGUUGAACUGCUCUCCUCUUGAAGUCUCUUCCUAAUGUUCAACCCAAAUCUACCCCUGUAAAUCAACCCAUUAAACCUAGUCCUGCCCUCUGCAGCAGCAAAGAACAAGUAUUUGCCCUCUCCUGUGGGACAGCUGUUCAGGUUUUGAAGAGUGUCUUUGCAUUUCCUCUCAGUCUUCAAGUCUCCAGCUUAAUCAUAUCCAGUUUCCUCAACCAUUCCUAAAACAACUUUCUAUACCCCUGUGCAUCUUCACUGACCUCCUCUGAAUUGCCUACAAUGUAAAGGGAUGUGGAACCAGUGGUUGUCCAGAUGCUGCUGAACUGCAUCUCCUGCCAUCCUGAUCAUGGGCCAUGCUAACUGGAUGGGACUUGGAAAUCCAGCAAUAUCUCAAGAUCCACAGGUUCCCCACCCACAGGUUCCCACAGGUUCCUCUUUAAAAUGUGGUGCCCUGAGUAGCAUGAUGGAACAUACUGUGUGACACACCUUCUUCUUCUUCUUUGGCGAUCACUCGUAGCCGAGUAAGAUUGUCUUCCAUAAACACGGUUUUAACAAUGAGUCCGUAAGUGACUGUGGAGGCCAAUUCUGGAUCCACAUGUCCUUCCACAGUGGAGACAUUGGUUCCUGGGCAGGAGUUGAUCACGGUGUGGAUUUGCCAAGCAUGCCUUCUUCUUAGCACGUUUCUCCCUUGUAUCCUGAGUUCGAGUGUCUACAAAGUCCAUGACACCUUUGGUAAAGGCUGUUCUACAACUGGAGAGCUCGCAGGCCAGUAUUUCCUAGUUGUCAGUGUUUAUACUACAUUUUUUAAGAGUUGCCUUGAGACAGUCUUUAAACCUCUUUUGUUGACCACCAGCAUUACACUUUUCAACUACAGUACAUUUGCUGUACAAAUACAGUCUGUUGAAAUCUUGCUGGCAUUAGUAUUUAGGGUGGUGUAUUAGGUAAAUUCUUAAUUUGAAUAACAGAAGGAACAGUUCUACUCCUUGAUAAAUACCCUAAGGCUAUUAUUUCUAUUGUUGUAAUUAUACACUGGCAAUUAUCUUCAACAGCAGUUGCAUUCUGAAUUUGUAUGGUUGACUAAAAACUUCAGAGCUAUUUGGUACCACAAUUUCAAAAGUAUUGAGCAUGCUGAGUACCUGUUGAACACUUGACUUCUUUGCAAAAAAACAAAAAUAAACACCCUGGGCCUGGCUGACUUAGAAGACAUUGCAAGGGUUUAUGGAACUUCAGUUUAGGUUUCAUUAGUAUUACUGAUUCUCAGUAUACAUCCUGUAAAUAUUCACAUUUUAAGACUGGAAAUGAAGUUAAGAGAUUGUUAGGCCUAGCUCUGUGCACCUAAAAGAAUGUUUGGCUUUUUUUUAAUUGAAGCAAGUACUUUAGAUUGCCAGAGUUUGUGCUGGGAAUCCUUAUCUACCCCGAACAUUGAAAAGUCAGUACUGAAGCCUGUUGUGGAAAGGUACUGGGCCAAUAGUAGAGUGCAUUGUGCUGAAUGGAAUUACUAUAAUCUUGCUUUGUCUAGUUGCAGUACCUCUUUACUUAAGAAUUUGACUGUUGUUUAGUACUAAAGAAUGUCCAUUUAUGGUAAAGCAUGCUAUUACUCAAUGAUCUGAUAAUUGCAUGAGUGUCUGUGUUCCUUCCCAAGCAGACUUGGAACCUUCCUGACCACAAGUGACUAUUAGCUUCAAGAAUGUGGCUAAACAACCACAGAAAACUUUGUGAGUUUGCGUAAAUCAGGUUUUUUUGCUCAUGAAAUAAUUAGCUGGAUUGUAUGGUGAGGCUACUCCAGGCCUCCUGGGUUCAGAUUCAGUUCUUUAGCCAUUUGGCCAGCCUCAGUUUCUCAUCUGUAACAUGAUAAUAUUAGUGAUUUGCCUUAGAAUCAUGAUCACAAUAAGAUUGUCACACAGGGGAUUCAAGUGCUUAAAUGAUAAUUACUUGUAGAAAUUGUAGAGGGAAAUGGGACACUAGGCACACUAGCAGUGGUGUACCCAGGCUCCCUUGCUCCCUUGGCUUGUAUCAGCAGCUCUGAAGUUGAGAGACACCAUGGACCAGAAACUCAAAAUGUUUGCUUUUCAUUGCUUUUCAUGUACCCAUCAGUGACUUCCUCUGUGGCCAUGUGGGUGGGGUCUACUCUGCUCCUCUCCUCCUUCAUUUUUCCUCCUCCAGCAACUCUUGCCCACUCUUUCUUCCCUCCAAGCUCCAGUGGGUGCUAACCUCACAUUUCAAAUAAAGCCGCUGGCCAAUUGGGCAGGGGGGGCCCACAGGGCUGCUCUGAUGGCCCACACCAACAACUGGAUUCCUCUACCAAGGUGCCUAGAGGAGCCUGCACACUUGCCUGCCACCCAGAUCAGCAGAGGAGCAGACCAUAGAGCGUGCCGAAGGGCUGGCAGGCUCCUGGCCACUCUGAGCCAGAGUGGAGAGGCACGAUUUUGCUCCCCUUUGGGUUUACUCCCAAGGUGGAGACCAACCUGGCCAACACGUGGGUAUGUCCCUGUACCCCAGCCACACUUUCAUAAUGCAGACUUAUGAGGAUUGUCUCCCUUAAGGACGAGGCAGUCUCCCAAUUCCCCCCAUAUCCCCUCGUCAUUGGAACUUCUAAUUCUGGGCCCUGAAAAGUAUGUCCCGCAACUACUUACUGCCUUUUCUUUUUUUUCUUUGCCCCCAAGUCAUGAAUGUGACUGAGCCUUAGAACGAUGCUGUUGCAAUUUACAUUUAAGGAAGCAUGGGGAUUUUCUUCAGAAGCUGCAGUUGACAGACUAGAACAGGAACAGGAACAUUUAGUGGUCUAAACCACUGAGCCUCUUGGGCUUGCCAAUCAUAAGGUUGGCUGUUCAAAUCCCCGCCACGGGGUGAGCUCCCGCUGCUUGGUCCCUGCUCCUGCCAACCUAUCAGUUCGAAAGCAUGCCAAAAAAGUGCAAGUAGAUAAAUAGGUACCACUCUGGCGGGAAGGUAAAUGGCAUUUCUGUGAGCUGCUCUGGUUUCGGUGUUCCGUUGCACCAGAAGCAGCUUAGUCAUGCUGGCCACAUGACCCGAAAAAACUGUCUACGGACAAAUGCCGGCUCCCUCGGCCUGUAAAGCGAGAUGAGUGCCGCAACCCCAGAGUCGUCUGUGACUGGACUUAACUGUUAGGGGUCCUUUACCUUUACCUUUUUACCAUCACCCCCAGACAGCAUGGCCAAUGGUCAGGGAUGAUGAGAGUUGUGGUCUUCAAAACAGCCACAGGCUCCCAACCCCAGGCAGUGGAUGUCAUUCCAGCUUUCCCCCACAUUUGUACAGAUUAUUUGGUUCUCACUUACCAGCUCUAACUUAACUUACUUAUAAACUGUGAUGAAUCCCAUUAACGUUAAUGGGUCUAAAGUGGGUUAAAUCCAAUUACUUUAAUUUUGUUAUGGAUAGGGAUGUACAGUUAAUCUCUUUGUUUUUCUAUAGUGCCAUUUAUCAGGCCACCCUCUGCUGCUGUUAAACUUAGUGGUUGCGAUCUCAUGCUUCAUUAAAUAUUUCCUUUCAAUGCAUUUUUUUAUUCUGCCAGUUUAGCACAGAUCAGUGCUAUUCUGAAACUCCAGCAGCUGACCUGCAGUGUAUGCCCUGUAGUGCAUCCAACAACAAACAUAUGAGAAUCUUGUGACUGGUUUAGUGGUGUCAUAAUGCAAAUAUACAUGAUUUGAAGAGGAGCAAACUUCCCCCACCUGAGAAUACUUUCUUCUUCUUUUGAAAAAAAUUGUUGAGCUGCAAAGGAAGUCACAAUCUGCCCUGCGUCUUGCUCAGCUUGAACUUCCAUUACCUGCUGUAAUCAAGUAGCUUGUGGUACAAGCAACUCCUGCAGCUUCUUCCUGAGCAUUAUGGAUGAGGGCUGAUCUCAUAAUCACAUUGUUGUUUUGUGAAAUUUCCCCUCUACAGUUCUCUCCCUCUGCCUUCAGUCUCAUGACAUGUUGUGUCCAAGCAUACAGGGGGAGGGGGGAGAACCUAAACCAAAUUUGCUGCAGCUAUAUUUUCUGGUCCCUUGAUAGAUGGAUGAUUCUCCCAUAUUAGUAUUGGAUAUAUUCCCAGUGGGCUCAGCCUCUGAGUGUUCUACUCCUAUUGUGCUUUUGCAGGUGGUGACUCAUAGCUCAGAAGGAAUCCCUUCCAAAUGAUAAUGUAAACAUCCGGAAAGCAUCGGAUAAUCCAUUUUAAAAUUAUACGUUCUGGCAAUUGUCUUUUAGAUUAGACAUACAGCCAUGGGAAAUAGAAAUACUGAUAUGCAAUUGAUACUUGUGAAUGCAAAGUUUAGAUAAAGCCUACUUCCUUAUGUAGUGUGGGAGACUAUAAACAGUCAUAAUCUUACUGAGGGUGGAAAGAUAAAUUUCCUGUUUCAAUUCAUCAACCGUUCAGCGUCGAACCACAUAAUUUCUGUAGCUGGGUGCAAUAGGAUUUGACAGGCAAGAAGGGAAGGCCACCAUUUGAAUAGAACAAAGAAUUAAUUUAAAAACUGUAAACAAUGAUUUUGAUCUAACUAGAUAAGCAGCAGCUGCGGCAUAACCAUGAUUCUUAACUUCCUGCUGUCCCAGUGACCGGCUGCCCCUUCCCCCAACUGUAUGUAUGUGUAUGUGUGUAUAUAUUUAUAUAUAUAAUGUUCCAAUACUGUUCCUCAGGAAAUCACACUUUUUACACUCUUCCAUGUCAGAACUGUCCAUUUAUUCCUUCUCUCUGCUUCCUGUUCUUUACUUAUCUAUAAGAGGACAGGUGUUCUUAGUCCAUGACUGCUAAGCUUCUUCAGAAGUCUCCAGUAAGAACUUUGUCAAAAACUUUUUUAAAGUCUGUAUAUUGUGUACAGUGUAUACUGGAUCACCCAUAUCUGUAUGCUUAUUGACACAUUAUUUUUAGAAAUGAACCAACAAUUUCUGCUUAAACAUAGCUGGUUCCUGCCUGGCGCAAAAUGUUUAGUGUGUCAUUUUGAUUGAGUGGAAAGUUCCGACUGCGUUUGACCUGCUUCUGUUGUCACCCUUGUACUUCUUUAUUAUUGCAGUGGGACCAUAACAAUGUAUUCAGGUGCUUCCCAUCUUUCUGGGAAAGUAUUUAGGUUUAGAUUACAUAUAUUGGGUGUCUUGAUGGCUGUCCCUGAACUGCUGAUCUCUAUUUGCAAAGUGCUGAGGACUACAUAUAAGCCUUCAUACCAUAUGGAACUAUGUUGGUGUAGAUUGUUUACAAAAUACAAUAUAUCUACACCCUAUGCAUAUUAAAAAUGUGUGCAAUUCAACAUAAUGCCAUGAGAAAUGCCAUAUCUGCAAGCAUUUUGGCUUGGCAGACAGAAUGAUCCCCUUCCCCCCUGUGCACUGUUCUGGGGAUUCUCCCAACCCCAGAGGGCCAAUUUCAGAGGGCGAAUGGGGUGGUGAACCCCAUUGCGCAAACAGAAGCCUAGUUAGGUGCAUCCCACUCCAUGUAACUAGGAAAUCUGGUUAUCAGAUAUUAUUGCCAAAUAUAUUUUCAAAUGUUUCAUAACACUCUUAUCUCAACUUUAUUAUCAUUUAAAAGGAGCAAUUUUAAAAAUCAUUACUUAAAGGAAUAUCCUGCCGUCAUAUAUAUCCUUGUACGGUGUUUUCGCCGUAAGCAAACCACUGUGAGUAAACUAUAUCAAUAGCAAUCCUGACAAAUCCUUAAUCAGUUUUUUUUAAUUUCAGAAAUAACAAAAGGAACACAACAGCAGUUUGCACACUAAUAUAUCAUCUACUUUUGAAAGAUAAUAUAAGGGAAACAAGAGUUAGAAGAAGCAAUAACUAAUGAGUGGAGUAAGAGAAGACAAUAAAUAAUUUACAAAUAGUUUACUUAGUGUUAACUUAAAUUAAGUAUGUUACUACUGACCAUAUGGUGUUUAUUGUAAAAAACAUAGUUAUUUCCUAAUAGAAUAGUGGUACUCAGACCCAUCCCAAAAUAGAGUAGGGCCACCUUGUGUUAUACCUCCCCUUUCUACCACUUAUCAUAUUUGUGAGUUUUAAUUGAAAGAGGCAUAUCCCACAACUCUAUUCAUCUAUGGAAAGUUGGUUUAUCUUCUUCCAUUUAUGCCGUUCUUAAAAUAUGAGUCACUGUCUCCAAAUCCCCAGAUCAGACUUGGCCUAAAAAGCUAACCAGUGAGUCCAGUGGCAGAUUGGUACCUAUCUGGUUCUUCAGUUUUAUGACACCCAGUAUAUGUCAUAUUAAUUCUGUUUUCAAUGUGAAAUAUUUGUUAAAGUUAGUUAUUUAAUAGUUUUAAGUAUUACAGUGAUGGAUCACAAUACUUUGCUUUAUCUGAGUUUGUGUUUAGUUCCAGUACUCUUUACACACAAGCAACCCCAAUCCAGUGAGAGCAGUGUGCAUGUGCAUAGGAACCCUGUGGAGAGUGCAAAAAAAUGUUAGGGCCAUUCAAAGCUGACAGCCUCAAUCUUCUACUUGGCGGAGGGAGCAAAUUUAGCUGUCCCCUUGAGGAGAGAGGAUAGUGCAAACUCAGGCCAUAACUCAACCCAAAAUUGGUGCAUUUUAAGCUGAUAACCAUUGAAGCAGCUAAGUUCAUACAGCUGCUCAUAGGCCAUGUACUGCUAUAUAUGUAUUUCUGGAUUGGAGCAGGUUUUUUUUUUUUACCUUAGCAAACCUUAUUGAAUCCUCUUUUAUUAGUGGAGUUGUUUGACACACCUAAGCUUCUCGAUACAUACCCCUUUUUCUCAUUGCAUUUUAAGAUAGGUUAACUUAAGAGCUGCUUUUCCCCACAUCUUCCAAUCUUUUACUUGUUUGGCAUUGGCAGUGUUGUUUGGAUGGAACAGAUACUUAAGAUUUGUGGGAAGCAUAGAAUAAAGCUUUGGUUGUUGAAAUAUUAUAUGCUGUGACUAUUUUAAAGCAGCGCUGCUGAGAAUGCUUCACAUGCAGAAUCAUCUAACUAAUUAAUCUUCUAUUUCACUUAAGCUUUAUCCUUGCUCACAGCCUUAUAUUUCUUCCUGGAACCUGAAGCUGUUGGGAGUCACAGCUGAGUUGGGGAGCACAUGCUUUGUAUAGAGCAGGGCCCAGGUUUGGUACUUGGCGAUUCCAGUUAGAACAGGAAAUCCUAUGGGCCUUCAGAUGUUGCUGGACAUCAACUCCCAUAAGCUGCAGACAGCAUGGCAAAUGGUCAGGAACGAUGGAAGCUGUAGUCAAGCAAGGGCCACAGGUUACUUAUUCAUUCCUGAGUUAAAGGAUCUUGGGUCAGGAGACAUGGUCCAAUAUCUGACUCUGUAUAAAUGCAUCUCUUUUCAGUUAUUCUAGUUAAUAAUUUGGAACUUGAGUUGUAGUGGUAGUAGUAGUAGUAGUAGUAGCAAUAGCAAUAGCAGUAAUAAGAUUGUGACCUCUAGAAUGUGCUGCUGGAUUCAAUUUAUUUCAGGAUAUGUCUAGCUGCAUCUAGUUAAUCAGGUCAAGUUUAAGCCUCUUCUGUUUUUGACUUCAUAGCCUCUCCCUUCCCCCUGGUAAACUAGUGCUGUAAUUUGGUGCUAAUCCUAGCAACUGUAAUCUAGCUAUUGAUUAAAUCACUACAAAUAAAAUGAUGACAAUUUGGAGAUGCGUAGAUCAGAUCCAAAUAAAACUGUGUGUGAUAUCCUGGCCAGGUUAAAGAUAACUCCAGAAGAAUCUUGCAAAUUGAGGACUUCUCACUGGCAAGGCACAAUCCCACAUAUUUUCUCUUUGCAUUUUUGUUCACUGAUACUGUUGGUCUGCAGAUUAUUGAUAGCCUGGAUUUAGUAUCUGGUCAAUAAUAUUCAGUGGCUGGAGAAACGUCUUGAACUAAACCCAAUACACCCAAUGAUAAUGUGCAAUGAGUGAGUGGUUGUCAGUCAAGUAGCAUUAUGUAUUCCUAACCAGUCUUGAACCCCAAAAAAGGAAGUUUUGCAGGUGAAACUUGUCAUGAGAAAAACCACAUGUGCAGAAGCUUCUUCUCUGACACAGCUAUGAGAGGGCUUGCCCUCCUUUGCACCAUCUGAACAGCCCUGCAUUUGGAGCAUGCAGAGAUCAGGGCUUUACCCCCAGCUGCUGAAGAUAGCAUAGACAAUCUAAUUAUGCUCCCAUCGUACACUGUGUAGCACUGAAAGGUGCUGUUCUGUAGGGACACUCCAUUUUAUUGAAAGCCAGGGCUGGCCUCCUUCCUGCUCAGCUUGCUGGGCUAUGCCCCAGCAGAAAGAAAUGAGAGAGAGUCUGAGCCACAUUUCCUUUUAAGGCAAUCCAAGGCUCCUAGCUGGAAUUACCGUACUUGGCAGCGAGGGAGGGAUACAGAACGUGAAAAGCUAGUUUGCAGGAUAUUGAGGUGGGAAGGCUGAGACAGACAACUGAGGGAAAUAUUUUAAAAAGGUGCUUUGAUAAAACUGCUUUUUUCCUUUUUCCUCAGUUGCUGCAAAAUCUCCCAACCUUAGUCCAGUGUUUGUUGUUAUUUUUUUUGGAAAGGAACUCUUCAGAACUGGGUGAGCUUCUCAGGCAGCAGCAACUUGCAGAUCAGCCAGUACACUUAAGCCAGGGUCUGCAGCCCUUUGCUCAAGAGGGCAGACUAUGAGUAUGAGCAAUUGUACUUGGGGAGAUAGGCAGAUAGAUACAGAUGCCUAAAAACAGCCUUUAAAUUAGGCAAGUUGAAUGGAGAAAGGGCUACUGUACUUUUAACAGUUGUGCAAAAGCGGAAAUCUCAACAGGUGUGACUUGUGCUGGGAUGGAAAAUGCUACACCAGCUGAAAUCCCCUUGUUUACACAGGUACACCUGCUGAACUCCUCUUGUUUAUGCAACUAUCCAAGCUGCAGGCUCCCUGUCCUCCUGAGCACCUGGCCUCCACAUGUGACAUGACCUGAUUUGCCUUGUUUGUGCCUAGUGCUGCCACUGCUGUUUUUUAUGCUUCUGGUUUGGAAGAGGUGUUAUAUUGUUGAACAAGGAGUUAUCCAACUCACAAAAGGCAGAACUGCAAAUAUAUAUUGGGUUAUUUUGCAUUGUCAGUAAAAAGAAGGUGCUUAACCAAGCUGCUUUCUCAUUCCAAUGGAUGAUAGGAGAGAGACAGAGAGAGAGAGAGAGAGAGAUGUUCAGCUUUGCUUUGCAAAAACAUAAUAUUCUAAAUUUUUAGUAUAAGCUGUCUCACUUAAAAGUGUGAUCUGGGCACUCUAGAUGUAUAUCAAGUUCAGGACCUCUUCCCCUUUUCAUCAGAAGAACAAAUUGUACCAAUUGGGCCUCUGCAUGGAGAAUCCACUUCGUGUAUUUGUUUUUAGGCAUUUAUUAAUUAUUUACAGAAUUUAUACUACACCUUUUCGUUGGAAAGUGACUUCCAAACUUCUUAGAGUGACUUCCAAACACCAGUUCUAUGACAGUCCCUGCCCACAGGCUUGCAAUCCAAAAUAACAUGGCACACAAAGAAAAGGGAAUGGGAGGGAAGAGGAAAAGGCAAGUUCAAGCACAAGUUCAUAAAGUUACAGCUGAUGUCAGUGGCAAUUCUGGCUGUCCAUCCCCAGAAAUAGUCUUCUUCUCAGGCCAGAUCCAGGAGCAGAGCUGGUGACAAUGUCCAGGCCAGUAGGACAAGGCAGCUCCUGCCACACAGUUCUUUCUUUGUAAAGCUGCUUUCAUUGUAAUCACAACCCUUGUAGGAGAGGGCUUGAUGGAGUUGCUUGAUGGAGGUGCCCUCUGCCCUCACCAAUGUAAGUGGCAGUUCUGGGUGUCUUGCCAUUCCUCCCAGAUUGGAUUGAGGCUGGGAGGACCAGUCAGCUCCUGCCACACAGUUCUUAAGACAGCUGACUUGAUGGCACAGUAGUUUUGUGAUAAGAGAGGGGGUGUCCCUUCUUGAACCAUGUGGACAUGAUCAAGAUGGACUUCCUCUUCAGUUCUUAGUUCUCUAAGUUCAGCCAGAGAAGCUUAAGAAAUACUGCUAACAUCAGAUUGAUACUGUAUAUCACUAAUUCAGAAAAUGAGACUUCCUGCACUCUUCAGCCAUGCACUGCUCUAUUCCGUGUUCCUUAUCUGUUUAUUUUUGGCCUUGGCUCCAUAUUUCUAACCACACCUUUCUGUUUUAUUUUUUCCGUCCUUUUAUGAGGAGUUGGUGGGUUUAUGCACAUCAUGGAAGAGAAUGUAUCACUGGAGUAUUGGCCUUGUGCCUGGAUCAUAAGACUUCUUUCCUUCUAGGUUAAAAGCUACCUUGGACAGAUUUGGCACAUGGAUGGCUUAUCAUUUCUGAGCCACUUGGUGCUAUAUCUUAAGGUAGCAGCCUCCUUGCGUCACGCAAAAUUAAGGUAAAGGCCAUUUAUUCUGCAGGAAGCAAAUUCACAGGAAAUGCUUUACCUUGAGCUUUGCUAUCCAGAUCUUCAAAGCAGCAAGAACAGAGUUGCAACAGUCUGCCCUUAAAAUGCCUAAUGAAACUGAGGCCGUUUCUUCCGCUUCUUCCAGGCCCCCAUUCCUUUUGUACAUUCUCCUUCUGCUUCACCUCAGGUGCUAAAAUCAGCAGAGGUCUCCACCUUCAUAAGCUUGGGGUGGUGGAGGUCCAGGAGAGGGCAUUUUCCGUGGGAGCCCCUAAAUUGUGGACCUCCCUCCCCACCAAGGUGUAUCUGGCACCUUCAUUAUACAGCUUCUGACAAAUGUAGAUAUAUCGCUUUACCCUGGCUUUUGACACUUGAGAUGUAUAUUUUUUAGGAUCCAUCCUAUUUCUGUCAUUGUAAGUUGUUUUAAUGUUGUAACCUACACAAGGGCCUUAGGGUGAAAGACAGACGGAUGGGUGGGUGGAAUGAUUGGGUUCCUUGUUCCUGGCACUACCGUGGUGUCUAAAGACAUAAUGUGAAUCUCUUAAACUGUAAUGUGGUAAUCCUACUAGAACUUCCCUCAUCCCCACUCUUUAUUUCAGAAAUGUGAAAGCAAUGAGACUUGGGUAUCUGUAGAAAUCUACUAUUUAAAACAUAGUUGGAAAUUUGUGUAACUUAUGCAGCAAGACUGUACACAAUAUACAAACUGGCAGAAGCCUUCUGAAUCUGUGCCAUUAAUUCCAGUGAGUGACUCUUGCAGGCAAGGGAGGGGUAUUACAGGCAUGUGGUAUUUCUCAUUAUCCCACUGUUAAUUUCCUCCCUCAACAUUCUUGGAAUAGAAGCUCGAUGUGGAAGACAGGGAGCCAAGUGAAGGAAGCUACUGACAUCAGAGGCCAGUGCAGCUCUAGAUCUCUUUAGUGCAUGUCUGCAAUGUACUAAAGUCAGCAACAUAAAACAGGCAUAGGCAAACUCAGCCCUCCAGAUGUUUUGGAACUACAACUCCCAUCAUCCCUGACCACUGGUCCUGUUAGCUAGGGAUAAUGGGAGUUGUAGUCCCAAAACAUCUGGAGGGCCGAGUUUGCCUAUGCCUGACAUAAACACCCACCUCCAUCAUAAAAUGAGUGUGCUGUGAAUGCAUAAAAACCAGUGUGUGCAGGAAAUACAAAGAGCAAGCCAAAUAAGGGUGGCAGGAAUGGGGCUAAUGAUGUGGCAACACCCUUAGUUAUAGAAAUAUGCGAGCUGUUUAUCUGGGUCCACACACUAUGGCCUGCAGUAAAGGUACUUUCUGCCACAUCAAUAAAGUCUGCAAACCAUUCUUUUCACAGCUUCAUGCAGGUUGAUUAUUGGGUUUUAAUGGGUUAUUUGAAUGCAUUCUUGGCAACUGGUAAGUCAGGGCCAGCCCAAUACAUUUGGGCACCGAUGCAAAUGACAAAGUGAUGCCGCCCUCUUUGCCAUGGAAUAAGGGAUGGGUGAAGAUCUAUAUAAGGAACAAAGAGGUAAUAAAGAUCCACAUCAGGAUCUGCUGCCCCUGUGGAUCCUGCCACCUGAAGCGGUUGCCUCACCUUGCCUCAUGGGUGGGCCAGUCCUGUGGUAAGUUCAUUGUGCUACCCCAGUUCCCCUGUCUUCAGUCAAUUACAUCCCCCCCCCCAUUUGUUCCCUUUACAGGAUGCCGAAUUGGGGUGGAGGAAAAAAGUGUGGCGUGUGCCAGAAAACAGUGUACUUUGCCGAGGAGGUGCAAUGUGAAGGCAACAGUUUCCACAAAUCCUGCUUCUUAUGCAGUGAGUAUGGCAGCCCCAGGGAUGUCUCUGAUUUUCUUUUCAUGCAGACAUGCACAAUACUCUUGCCAACAUGGUAAAUAAAUUCUGGGAUUUCUUCAGCAGCUAGUAGGGAAUAUGUUGCAAUUUGGCUUUGCUGUUUUGCUGCCAAUGGUUUGCCAAUGCAAACUAGCUCUCUGUAAGGAAGUCCUGCAGUCUAACUACUAUACAACACUGCCUCUGCUCUUUGGACAGGAGUACUGUAGAGCUACAGUGGAAGGUCGGCAGGUAGUAGGGCCUGGUAUUUUGACUGCUGAGCUGCUUAACACAUGUCAUGUAUUUUGCCACAUGAUCUGGCUCACACUCACAGGGGUGCUGUGAAUAUAAAUUAUGUACAUGAAAGAGAAUCGUGUACAUGGCCAAGAGCUCCUGGGCAGCAACAUUCCAAUGGGGGGGGACUAAUAACCCAUAGGCUGUAUCCAGCCCCCAAAAGAUUUUUGUGUCCCCAAUUCGUCAUUAAAAAAUUCAUCCACUUCUCUACUGGCUGUCUUGCUGUGAUGCCAUAGGAGUUUUUGUGUGUGCUUCCCAAGCCCCUCCAAAUCUCUUUGUUUACUGAAUUUAAUAAAAAAAAGUUUAAAAAAUGAUUAAAGAUUGUCUUAAAAUAGUGUAGGUAGCUGAUGGAAAAUUCUUUGAAAGGCAAUCUUGAAAACUGUCCAUGCCUACCACAUAGGGCCUGAAGAGUCAAAGUGGCCCACUGCUCAAAAAGAGGUUAGCAACACCCCUGUUCUAACCAAACUGCUUUCCACUUUGUACACCUGUCCAGUAGUCCCAGCAACCCAGGAAGUAUCUACCUUGUCUAAAGGGAUAAGCCUUGCUUGUAGCAUUCACUGUGGCUCCCACCAGAAUCUCUGCAGUACCCUGAGAAUUCUUGCUUCAGAUUUUGAACUGUGCAUGCACAACCACGUUUUGGCAGUACAAAUCUGCUGCUCAGAAUGCCCCCCAAAACAGUGAAGGAUUGCCUUCUCUAGUAACCCUGAGUAAAGCACGCCAGUCAUUUCCCCCCAGAUUGCAAAGGAACAUGUAAUAUGACUGUUCAAAAAUUGGAGGAAAAAAAAAGUUCUUAAAAGCACUUUUUAAACUUCCUGCAUAUUUACCAAUCUUUUAUCAGAUGAGUUUGAAAGCUGGAACAUUGUUGAUCUCUUCAUGUACAUUACAUAUGCCAGUGUUCAAAUUAUUAGCUCAUGUUUCAAGUUAUUUUGCAAGUUCAACUAGUGAAAGUUUUUUGAAUCCUGAAAUCAGACUUGUAAAGUGCUACUGAUGGCCAGAAAUGUCAUGAAAGUUUUCCUGCUCUAUUAUUUCAUACAAGAAGGUUUCUGACGGUCCUUUUUAUUGAGUCAUCUGUGUUAACAGAUAUGGGAGCCUGCUUUCAAGUUGCAUGGAACUCUUAAUCAGGCAGGAGUAAGUGUUCCAUGUAAUUCAAAAGCUUUCUGUCCUACUCUGCCCUACAGUCCCUGUACUCUGCAAGCACAACCAUUAAAUUUCCAUGCACUGUAGUGCUAGUCAUAGAUGUUAAAAGGUUCUAUAUUAAAUUGUUUCAUAAUGGCAAUGGAUCUCGCUCUCUCUGUAACUCCAUUCUAAUUGACAGUGAAUUCAUAGCCAGAAUUUUAAACCUGAUAGGCCCUGCCUAUUGAAGCUGAAUGUCAAAUGUAGAGCCUCUUUAGCCAGCUGGUGUUGACUUGGAUGUUGUUUUUUAAAUAAAAUAAAAAGCUUUCUGUUCUUGUGCUCUGCUCUCUACUGCAUCCAAUGUUAGGCUUAUCUUCACACUAAUGCUGUGUUUUGUCUUUUCUUAUGCGCUGUGUGUCUGAUGACCUCCUAUGUUUGUGUGUUCCGCCUCUGAGAAUCUUGUAUAUGCUUCAGCUUGCUGUGGUUGUGAAUAAACUAAACAAUAGCUGGUGAAAGGAAAUGCGGCUAAUCUGCUAAUCUCAAAGCACUGAAGGAAAUGCCCUCUGUGAUGGGACUGUGUUGACCUGGGGCAACAGCUGUUCUCUAGUUUAGCAGCUGGAAAAUGUGAUUUUUACUGCAGCUAUGGACAUCUUAAAACAAAAGUUGUGCUGCUCUCUUACUGCACAAUGUGUACCAACCUCUGGUCCCUGUGACCACAUAAACUCACUUUGACCCUAACAAAGGAGACUUAAUAGGAGCAGUCUCAUCUGUUGUUCAAGUGACUUGCCUGUAUAAUGUAUAAUGUGGGUGUGGAGAUCUAAUUUUUACAUCAACCUUAAGCAAAGCUACAGGGGGGAAAUGUCUGAAGUAGGGGAAGAGCUGCAGCUCCUGGGGAAGGGCCAUAGCUCAGUCAUAGAGCAUCUGUUUUGCAUGCAGAAGGUGUCAGGUUCAUUCCCCAACAUCUCCAGGUAGGGCUGGGGAGAGAACCUUGCCUGAAACCCUGAAGAGCCAUGCCAGACAGUUUACAGACAGUACAAAACUAGAUGGACCAAUGGUCUGUGCAAGUAACUGAACACUUGUGGACUUGCAGAUAUUAUGGCCUCAAAUAAGAACACUUCCAGGCUUGGGGAACUGGGAGACCCAAAGAUCACACCAUUUGUUCACCAGAGAGCCAAAGUCUACGUUGGAGGGUUGCCAAUCCACAAACAAUGAACUGCAUUACCAGCCAUGUUACAAAUGUGAAGAGAGAUGAGACAGAAUAAAAUUGCCAAGUCAUUUAUUUAUGAAACUUUUAUACCACUUUUCUGUUAAAAAUAAACAGAGCAGUGCAUUGUUUGGAACAAACAGUGAAGAAUAUUGCAUGGCAGGAAAUCACCAUUAACAUUCCUCUGAAUAUAAACUAAGCAGAGUCUUAAUCAGUAAACUGUCAAGAGAACUUGAUAAAUCAAAACCCUUAAAAUAAAAAAGGAUGUAGCUCAUCAAACCCAUUAGCCUUUACCAGUUCCAAAUAAGACCCAAGCUCCAUUGUUUGUGGGGGGGGGGGGUGGGAGGAGAAGUUCCUAAACAUAUCGGCUUCCUGGACAGUUACUGAGAAGGGGCCUCAUUUGCUCUGAAUGAGAGUAAAGGGAACACACCAGCAGUGAAUCAGUUCCUGUUCGACUGAUUACAACAGAGAGCAACAUAGUUAAUCAGUGACGCAUUGCAGAGCAUGUAAGUGUAAGUACCGUAUUUUUUGCUCUAUAAGACUCACUUUUUCCCUCCUAAAAAGUAAGGGGAAAUGUGUGUGCGUCUUAUGGAGCAAAUGCAGGCUGCGCAGCUAUCACAGAAGCCAGAACAGCAAGAGGGAUUGCUGCUUUCACUGCGCAGCGAUCCCUCUUGCUGUUCUGGCUUCUGAGAUUCAGAAUAUUUUUUUUCUUGUUUUCCUCCUCCAAAAACUAGUUGCAUCUUGUGGUCUGGUGCGUCUUAUACAGCGAAAAAUACGGUAAGUGGUGGGCUUGGGUUACAUCAAAACAAACACCAGAUUCUUCUUGAAGUGUGUGGAUACGCUAAACAGCUGUCAUCUGCAAACAACCCCAAACCUAGUCCUUUUUAGCUUUUCUGAGCUCAUUGGUAUGGAAUCUGCUUCAGAACUUCGGCUAACAUCCUGAUUUCAAAUAAUUGAGAAUGGCAUCUUAGCGAGGCAUUUGGCAGUGGCUUCUCAAAGAUGUGUAUAUAGGGCUGAGCAAAAGGGGCCUUUGAUAUGGAGAGGGCAAAACUCUGAAUGGAAAGAAGACACACUUCAAUCCCCUUCACCAGAAACAGAGAACCAAGUAUCUUUGAUCAAAGCUGAUUCCCCUUAAGAUUGCUAUAAUGACCCAGCAGCCCAAUAUGACACACUGUUCAAAAUAGCUGAGCCUAACUUGUAGUGAUUGUACAAGACAUCCAGGCCAGGCAAGUUUUGGAACUCCACUCCAAGAAAUGUAAGCUGUUUUUGAUGGCAGCACAUCUUGACACUCCUCCUCCUAUUAAUUCUCUCUGCUGGAGGGCUAGACCAGUCAGAGGAAAAUAGUACCAUAUUUGGUGAUGAGGAUGGGAUAUUCAGUCUCGGAGACCCAUAUUUAGUUGCAAGGUAUAGGCUGUUGCUACUGUUGCUACUGUGGCAUUCCUAGGGGAGCGCUCUGUUUUGUUUUCGCAUUCUUUAAGAGUAAGACAAUUUUAUUUUGGGCUAAGAGGCAAACUCCAGCCUCCUGAGGUUUUAAAACUUGACUGCUGUUGGCAGUCUCAACAUCUUCUCUCUCUCUUUAAGGACAAUAUAGAACUCAAGGCUCUAAUUCCUUUGCAGCUGGGAGAAACAUAACAUUAGCUCUUGGCCUCAGUUCUGAUCCCCCUUAUCCUUGUGGCCAUCGUUCUUCUCCUCUCCUCACCCUCUGCAGUUCUGACCCUAGAAUCAAGGCAAGGGUUAAGAGAGGACACCAGUAUGAGUGAUGCUGAGGUCUGAAUGUGCAUUUGAGAGAGGGAAAUAUGUUUGUGUGCAACAGUGAAGCUGUCAGAUACUGGAUAGCCCAGGCAGAAGCAUCCUUGUCUGCAGUUGGAAAGCUCUGUCAAUUUUCUUUUUCAAUAAUUUUUUAUUGAUUUUCAAUAAUAUUUAACAAAAUUUUCACAAAAUUAAUACAAAUUACUACAAAUUCAAUACAAAUUUAAAAGCUGAUUUCCCACACACCCCAGAUGUUUUCCUCCCUCAUUUCCUGCUCCCAAUAAAAUAACUUUUCCAACUAUCAUUUCAUGAUACAGUCAUCCCUUCUCCCUACACACCGCCUGUUCAAUUACCAGUUUUUGCUGUGGCUUUUAUACAUUGUUAUAAACUGUCCUCAAAAUAGUUGAGUAGAGUAAAUCCUCUUUUAUCUAUCUGUAAUAGUCAUUCAUCAAUUUUGAAACAUUUCCUUCUGAUACCUCUUGAGUACCGUAUUUUUCGCCCUAUAGGACGCACCUUUUCCCCUCCAAAAAUGAAGGGGAAAUCUGGGUGCGUCCUAUGGGGCGAAUGCAGUCUUUCGCUGAAGCUUGGAGAGCGAGAGGGGUCGGUGCGCACCGACCCCUCUUGCUCUCCAGGCUUCAGGAAGACAUCCGCAGCCUGCUUCCCGGAGCGCCGGGCGCGCUGAAAGCAGAGCGCCCGGCGCUUCGGGAACACAUCCGCAGCCUAGGCAACCCUGCGGGAGGUCCCGCAGGGCUGUCUAGGCUGCGGAUAGCAGCCUGCCGCCCGGUGUGAGGGGCGCCCUGAAGCAGAGCGCCCCUCGCGCCGGGCAGACAUCCGCAGCGUGGGGAGCCCUGCAGGAGUUCCCCGCAGGGCUCCCCACGGGUCAGAUAGCAGCCUGCCACCCGGCGCGCGGGGCACCCUGAAGCAGAGCACCACGCGCGCUAGGCAGACAUCGGCCAGCCCCACAAGCUCGGGGACAGCAGGGAGGCGCAGCGCCGCAAUCCCGCUGUUCCUCAACCUGGUUCAGUUUCCCCGACCUGGUUUUGGGGGGGAAAUAAAGGAAAAAAAGUUUUCCUUUAUUUCCCCCCCAAAAAACUAGGUGCGUCCUAUGGGACGGAGCGUCCUAUGGGACGAAAAAUACGGUAACACUUUGCCUGAGAAAAACAGAUCUUGCUUCCUCCCAGACAACACGCACACAUUCUUCCCUAACAGGGCCUUGAGCAUUGCUGUCUGACAUCUUGCCCCAGUAAUCAACAACUCAGCCUCACUGGUGCUGCAUGCAGAGGGUGAAAAUGAAACCCCUAGAAUUUUGGGGGGGUAUAAAUAUAUAAUAUACAUCACCCCCUCACACUACCAAUCUCCCAGUGUCACCCACCCCUCACAUUUUGCCAAAAUUUAAUCCUGCAUUUUACAUACAAACAGUUAAUUAAUAAAUCAUUAAUAAACAUAAUCCAUAUCUCUUCUUUUCUGUCUGAAAGUCUCAGAUGCCAUCAGGAUGGUAUGCACUGUGGUCCACCCUGUCUCUUUCACUGUUCUUAUUUCCAGCUUCAAGGGGGUGGGGUUGAUAUAAUCUCAAGAAAAUCCAUAUCUUCUCUCCAUUCUCCCCCCUAAACUAAUAAUUCUUCCUGCAGUCCAUCCUGCCAAUCCUCAGUUCCAUUACAUCCAACUCCACAGUUUAUUCUCUUCCGCGUGCUUAUCAGACAAUCAAUCCAGUUGUUCCCAAACUUUUCUUCUUUGUUAUUUUAAUUUCAUAAUACGAAGUUCAAAGGAGUGGUCAAAGUCCCUCAAAGUCCCUUAAGGUUGUUCCUCUCCAUCUUCUUUCAGGCAAAGUCCUUAGUUAUAGAAGUACCCAAAGAUGUAUUUUUAAAGUCACUCUUCCCCAAAACUUUACAUUCCAUUGCUUUAGGGGAGAGUAGAUAAUGCAGACCCUCCCAAAAUGACUUAAAAUAUUGCCUCCCCUCCCCUCCUUCCACCUCUCAAGCAAAGCAGAAAUAAGCGUCUUUCAUUCUUUCCAAACCCUAGUAGGACCAACUUGGUUUUCUCCUGCAGCAUAAAUCAGGAUCUUUUCCGGGGGGGGGGGGUGCCUCUUCACUUGUCAAUUAUGUCCAAAUUAAAUGGUAUUCCACAGCUCAUCAUGGUAACUUGCUGGGGCUGUCCUUGGAUGGAGCCAUUGAGCCCAGCACCGUCACCUUUUCAUCUAGGAGAGGAGGAUUUCCACCCCCCCGCGAACACACACAGGACUUGAUCUUCUUCCGCAGGGCCUGUAAGGCAGAGCCAUUCUGCCUGGCCUUCAAUUUGAAUUACCCUGAUCCUCUAUUCCCUUUCCUCUUCUAUGAAGAAACCAUUUCUGGGACCCCACAUUUAAAUUCUUCCCUGGUCUCCUUGCUGGCCCUAGUAGGACCAACUUGGCCAGUUAGCCCUGGUGAUCAUUUGAUGUCUACUGACUGGGUUCCGCCCCCCAAAAAAAUGACCCCUGAAUUUUUGAAUUUUAUUGAUGUUGUAUUUUAUGCUGUUUUAUGCCAUUUUUAAGUCACAUUUUAAUCAAUGUUUUAUAUUUGCUGUUAGCUGCCCUGAGCCCGGUUUUUAAACCGGGAAGGGCGGGGUAUAAAUAAAUUAUCAUCAUCAUCAUCAUCAUCUUGACAGUAGCUCUUCAGUGUCGUCUGUACUUUGACCCUAAUUCUCUGUGGCACUGCAGGUAAUGGCUACCCACAAAUCUCCUCAGGUAUCUCCUUGGAGAAAGCAGGUCUGAUACUUAAAACUUCUGAAGGCCUUCUGACUUUUGUCUCUUCCUUCUCCCUUCCUUGCAGUGGUUUGCAAAAAGAACUUGGACAGCACCACAGUAGCUGUGCAUGGAGAAGAAAUCUACUGCAAGUCAUGCUAUGGGAAAAAGUAUGGACCAAAAGGCUAUGGAUUUGGACAGGGAGCAGGGACUCUGAGCAUGGACAGGGGGGAAGGACUUGGGAUCAAACCUGAGCAGUAAGUUGUAAAUCUUUCUGCAUCUUGGUAACAAGUGUGAUCAUAUUGUUUGUCUUAGGUGAAGAUUUUAUUUCUUGCUCGUGCAGAAGGGGGAGUUACUUCUGGAGAAGUCCCUAUAAUUCAGAGAUAAUUCUGACCCAAUGCUGCUUUUGAUUAAAAUACCACAAUGCUCUCUCAUAUAUGGGGAAAAUCCCCAUGACUGGCAACAGUUUUAAUAUGGGGACUUGAUCAAUUCCCAAGUGCUUCUGGGUGCAGAAAAAAUGCAGCACUCUGGUUAUUUAAAUGUGCAGCCUGCCCCCUCUUAAACACCCUAACGUAUUGGCAUUAUCUAUAAUCUAGACAAAAGCCAACAAAACAAGUCCCAAAUCCUCUUUUUCCCAGGUUAACCUUGAUUACAAGUGCCAGCUUGAAUAAGGCCCUGUCUAGCGAUAACUGUGCCAAAUAUGGAUAUUUUAGAAGGUGAAAAAGCAAACUUGGGCACUCUAUCUUUUGGAAUGACGCAAUUUCUGCACCCUCUCCUAAGCUGUAGUCCCUGACUACUGCUGUAUUGAGUAUAUGACUGAAAUUAUCUGGAUGAGUACCAGACCAGAUUCUCAUCCUGCCAGAUCUCUGUGAUGUAAACAAACUAUGUGGUCUUGUCCCCAAUGCCCCAUGGUACGCAGCACACUGACCUGGCAUUCACCAGCAAAAAUGGAAGUUUGGGAACAACACUAUCCUAUAACUUACCAGUCCCUAGAAUACUGAUGGCACACUGUUUUUGUUCCCCACUCCUUCCAUAGCCACAAACGGAAUUGGCUGUCACCAAUAUCCUCCUUCCCUGCAGACUCUACAGUGUACAAACCUGCAGACAUAUAAUGAUUGUUUCCCUGUCUGGACUCCACAGGCCCCAGCCCCACCAGCCUACCAACAAUCCCAAUGCAUCCAAGAUGGCGCAGAAGGUGGGUGGUGCUGAUGGCUGUCCCCGCUGUGGACAGGCUGUCUAUGCUGCCGAGAAGGUGGUUGGAGCUGGAAAGGUAAGAGCCUGCUGUUAAGAGCUGAACCUCAGAGCAUAAAUCACACACUGGUGUGAGAGUAAAUCAAAAACAUUGGAUGCAAUGGGGAAACCGCUUCCAGUUGCGGUUUCCUGAUUUGGGGCAUACAUAGUGAAACACACGCUUGUGGAAUUUUCCCACAUUGCAAUUUACACUAAACUUGUUGCAUGGGGUGGAAUUUAAUGUUGCAGUAUUAUGAAUGUUCUGUUUUCGGAAACAUUUCAGCUUGCCAGACAGAUCACACUCCCCUCCCCUCUCCUCUCCUCUUGGGUUGCUUCCAGUGCCCUCUGAGCCAAUUGCAGGGGGCAUGGGGAGGGGGUGGGAAGAAGGCCCAUCACACAAGCAGAAUCCUUGCACAGGGUUUCCACUCACAGGCUCCUUAGGCAAAUCCUGCCCAUGAAAACUAUGUCUGUGUAAGAACUUCAUGUUGUAAGAAGCAGCUCUUGAGUGUUCAACAACUUUUUGUGAAGGUGCUCAAAACAGCCUUCAAAACUUAUCCUCUGUCAGAUUAGCAUAGAUAUUUUUGUAAUCUAUUGCAGAAUCAAGACAGAAAUGUGGCAUCUUUUUGUUGCAGUGUACACUGAUCUUUGGAACUCCUUGCCCUAAAUUAUGAUUAAGGCUAGCAGCAUAAAUAGGAAUAUUAAUGAAGUUAGUUGGGGUAUGUCCAUUCUCUUCCUUGGGUUGCAUGCAAACCUUCAAAUGCUAGAACCUAGGAGUGAUCACUAGGAAUUUGGAAUAAAGGUAAAGGUAAAGGUAAAGGUACCCCUGCGCAUACGGGCCAGCCGUGUCCGACUCUAGGGUUGUGCGCCCAUCUCACUUAAGAGGCCAGGAGCCAGCACUAUCCGGAGACACUUCCGGGUCACGUGGCCAGCGUGACGAAGCUGCUCUGGCGAGCCAGCACCAGCGCAGCACACGGAAACGCCGUUUACCUUCCCGCUAUAAAGCGGUACCUAUUUAUCUACUUGCACUUAGGGGUGCUUUCGAACUGCUAGGUGGGCAGGAGCUGGGACCGAAAGACGGGAGCUCACCCCGCCGUGGGGAUUCGAACUGCCGACCAUGCGAUCGGCAAGCCCUAGGCGCUGAGGUUUUACCCACAGCGCCACCCGCGUCCCAUAGGAAUUUGGAAUAUUUCAGUGCAAAACAGUAUUUGGGAUGGGAAGAUGGGUGACUGGGCUGCCGGCCUCAUGUAUUGCCAGUGAGAACUACUGUCUUUAAAAAAAUAAGAACCUGACAAUACCUAAUGUAGGAGGCCAAAAGUGUUGUGGUGAAUCCUUUUACUUGCACCCUAACAUCUUGUCUUCUGUGUUGUCCUCAGUCAUGGCACAAAGCAUGUUUCAGAUGUGCAAAGUGUGGUAAAAGUUUAGAGUCCACUACUUUGGCUGAUAAAGACGGUGAAAUCUACUGCAAAGGUAAGAAUUUAUAUUUCAGGAUGUCUUGCUUGUGUUAGAUUUCUAGUGAGAUGUGAUGGUUAGUCACGGGUCAAAGUGUCAAAUGCGAUGCUAAUGCAAAGGGUGUUCUGUCCCCCUCCAGAUGGUCUUGGAGGACCAAGAUGCAAAAUUGCAAAAAGUUGCUAUUUAGGGCUUUCAUAGAACCGUAGGUGGCAAACCUCUACUAUUUAUAACUGUUCCUUGACUUGCAGUGUAAUAGUGAGACCGAUAAAUUCCCCCUAUCCUUCAUCAGUUUGCCCACCUUGAUAAUAUCUAAUGAUACCUACAGGUAUAUAUAUAAACACGUUUUUCAUAUCAGCACAGUGUGUCUUAAGGCCUAAACAACUCGCAAUGCUCUUGUCUUGUGUAACUUAUCGCUGAUGCUCAUUGUUGUUGUACAAAAUUAUUAAUCACAGUGGGUGGGAAGAGGCUUCAUAUCUCUAUGACUCUAGUGGGUUUUCCACUAAAACUUUUAAAUGCAAUUGCUACAGAUUGCAGCCUCUACAGCUGUGUUUUGUAAAAUAAUAAUAAUAAUGAAAGUGUUUGAAAUGGAGUGGGAGAAGUUACAUGUGUGUAGUUUGCCCCUGAAAAGGGAAGUGUAAUUUUCCUGCUUUUGCUCAGUGAUUUAUGCUGUAUGAACUGUUGGUUUGCCACAUAGCCAACACUCUGACUGUGUCUCUCUUCACCUUUUCUCCUGCAGGCUGCUAUGCCAAGAACUUUGGUCCCAAGGGCUUUGGCUUUGGGCAGGGAGCUGGAGCACUUGUCCACUCCCAGUGAAGAGCUGGCCCUUGAGAGACUUUGAAGUCUCCUCUCCAGCACUGAAUGCUUUGCCAAUGCUGAACUCAUCCAGACUGACCCUCAAGGCAAUUUCACCAGUUCUUGCAAAUGUAUUAACAGUAACAGAAUCUGCUGCUUUCCAGUGUAUCACUGGCCCACCUCCUGUUUACUAGCUCAGCAGCCAACCAUAUAGUCCUGACCCAUAUGCCCUAGAAGACACUAAAGUUUCCAAUGAUCUGCAGUGGGCUCUAACCUACUAUGGCUCACAUUAAUACAGUGGCCUUCUUAAAUACAGUUUCACGCUUUCAGCCACAGCUGAAACUAUUUACAGCAGAGAGCAUAGCCAUUUCCAUAUAUAAAACACUGUGAUAGCUUCUUCAAAACACCUCUUCCUCCUACCCCAGCAAAGGUUAUUUUUGUGAGAACAUAUUAUAUAUUGUGCUAUUAAGUCUUAUUGAAAAGUCAAGUGCAAAAUAUGAAGCUGAUCAAAGAUGAUUGUGGACCACAAGGAUAAAGAGCUGAAAACUAAAACUACUUAGUUGUGUACAAGUGAUACAGAGAAGGAAAGGGAAAGUGUGUAAACAUGCACAAAAGUGUAAAUAAAGCACUUUUCUAGAGUUUGGAGGAACUAUGCAGGCAAAUCCUAAACUGUUGUAACUUUGAACAUUUCAUUUCAGAAAAAUUACUACUAUAGUAUUAAGGCGCUUUUUCAUAUUUGGGAGAAUUUAGAUCAUAUCGAAAUAAGGUUUCAGAGACUGAUACACAGGUGCUUUCCCCAGUGGCCCACCAUUCCUGUCACUCCUAGAAGGUGUACAAGUUUGAAGGUGUACAACCAAAGUUUCAAUAUUUGUUACUUACGGCGACUGGGACCACUGAGAAGUAGAGGGUCUAGAAGUCCAAUUUGCUACUGCUUCAGGUUAUCACCAGUCCUUUCUGUGUCACUUCCCCCUUGAACAAAGGAAGUGCUUAAUGGGUCAGCUUCACUUCUUUGCCUUGAGGGUAGCCCCUGUUCGUUCUUGUCUCUACUUGGGGAGGUUCCCUGGGCAGGAGAUGACCUGCCUAUUGCAUUGUCAUGGAACUACAGGCACCUGAGUAUCCUGUCCAAACAAGCACUAAAAACAGGAGCUGUCAGAUUCAAUUCACUUCCUGCAAAGCUCUUAAUGUAAUAGAAGAUUGAAGCCAGUGAUUAACUGGACCUGUAGUGUAUCAUUUUAUAGGGUUUAAGAAGAGAUUAAGGAAGAUUCCAAACCACAGAAGCUGUAGAUCUUAUAAGCAUCUAUAUAUGGGGUCUAAUGUUUGCAGUCUUACUUCUUCCUUUUAUGAAGCUCAGGGGAAGUCUUGCUUUCAAGGUGUAAGCCUUCAAAGGGUUUGGAGCUUUUUAACAGAUAAUCUAGGUCACGUGUCCCCCAAUUUAUUUAGCACAAUAUGGGUCCAUAUUAGUUUUCAGUGUGAUCUAAAUGCACAGUUCAUAUCCUUUCCUUUAGGAUGCAGCCUGAAUAAUGUUUUAAUCUCUCCGCUUUAGGGGAUUUGCAUGAAAUUAGAUUACAUUUCUGUGGGUCCAUGCACAUUUGUUACAAACUUGCCAGAAAACCUGUAGUAAUAACAUUUUUACAAUGUUCUGUUACAUACUAGAGCAAAUAAAAUUCCAUGUAUUCAACAAAGCGGUUAAAAGGAG